AUGAUUAACUCGCCAACUUUUACGGUUCACAAACGUGAGCCUUCUGUUCCUCAUGAGAUUAAGGAAACAUUAGAUGCUACUGUGACAGAAACCCAAGAUGGUGAACGUUGUCUAAAUAACUAUAUUUUGAGAGAGGUUAUUGGCCGAGGGGCUUAUGGUACUGUAAUUCAGGCUAUAGAAAAAGACACUAAUGCGCAUUAUGCUAUAAAAGAAUUCAGUAAGGCCAGACUUCGAAAAAGAGAUAUGGCAAAUUAUUUUCGUCGUGGCGGCUUUCGAGGUGCUCGUAGGGGUAGGUUUGCCCCUAAUCCCAAUUUACAAGAUAACUCAGAUCCAUUAUACUUAAUACGUGGGGAAGUGGCAGUCUUAAAAAAAUUAAAUCAUCCGAAUGUUGUAAAGUUGUUUGAGGUUUUAGAUGAUCCUGAAAAUGAUUCUCUAUACAUGGUAUUCGAAAUGUGUGAUAAUGGUAAUCUUAUGAAUAUCAGCAUUAACAAGCAAGCAAAACCAUUUUCCGAAGAAAAAAGUCGACUCUAUUUUAUAGAAAUGAUUCUAGGUUUUGAAUAUUAUAUCAAACCAGAUAAUCUUCUCUUGUCCAAAGACGAUAUCCUUAAAAUUGUAGAUUUUGGUGUAUCCGAAAUAUUUGUUAGGGGAAAUGACAAAACGACAAAAUCAGCAGGAAGUCCAGCAUUCAUGGCACCGGAAUUAUGUAAAGCACAUCACGGCGAAAUAUCAGGAAAGGCGGCUGAUAUUUGGUCAAUGGGAGUAACUUUAUAUUGUCUAGUGUUUGGCCGUUUACCAUUCGAAAAAGACAAUAUUUUAGAACUUUAUGAGUCUAUAAAAAAUGACGAUGUUCAAAUCUCUGGAAAUAUAAAUCCUGAUCUAGCUGAUAUUCUUUACAAGUUGCUUGAAAAAGAUCCAGACAAAAGAAUUACCAUGCACGAACUUAGGGAACAUCCUUGGGUUACUCUUCGUGGAGCUGAGCCUCUUAUUUCCACUGCAGAAAAUUGUACUGAAAUGGUUACGGAAAUUACUGAUGAUGAAUUAAGUUCUGCUAUUAAACCUAUUAGUAUUAGGAGUUUAGUAACUUUGAUAACUGCUGUUAAGAAGUUUAAACGCUUGUCGCGGACUCAGAAUAAUUACCCAGAGGCAUUAAUACGAAUAAAUGACGAUAAAGAAGCUGUAGCUGCAGAAUAA